UACAGUUCCAUUCGAUUAGGGUUUAGUUCAGCAUAGCUUGAUAUUAUAUUCACCAAGACUGUAUCAUGAAUUGACAAUGCUAUGUUUCUUAGACCGUCGUGUUCGAUCAGAAAUGGUUUUCAGUCUAAAAUCUUUUCUUUAGUGUUUGGUUUGGAUUGAGAAAACUUAUUAAAAAUAUGAUUUAAAGAUGUUGUGGAUUUGUGCUGCAGAUGGUUCUCUACCUGUUUCUGAGAAUCAGAUAUUAGAUUAGACCAUCUUAUCUUAGACAUGGGAAUCCAGAACCUUAUAUGGCAAGUGACGAAGAAAGCAUUCACUGGAGGCAUUAUAGGGCUUACCGUUUCAGAUAGAUUCUGUAGCGUUGUUCCUGUGAGAGGAGACUCCAUGUCUCCCACAUUCAAUCCCCAGCGAGACUCUUAUUUAGAUGAUUAUGUUCUCGUAGACAAAUUUUGCCUUAAGGAUUACAAGUUUGCGCGUGGUGAUGUUGUAGUGUUCAGCUCUCCGACUCAUUACAGGGAAAGAAGAUACAUAAAGAGGAUAGUGGGGAUGCCUGGGGAAUGGAUAAGUAGUACUGAGGAUGUGAUCAGAGUUCCAGAAGGACAUUGUUGGGUAGAAGGAGAUAACAAAGCUUCCAGCUUAGACUCAAGAACAUUUGGUCCUAUUCCCUUGGGUUUAAUUAGAGGACGGGUCACCCGUGUCGUGUGGCCUCCUCAAAGACUAAGCAAGAUUGGUGGAUAAAAAGGGACGAAAAGGUAAAUUUCUUGAUCUCCACCAUAUGAAAUAUUCUCUUCCUCGAGAUCCAUUGAUGAAUCUUGUCUUCUUUAACCUGAAGAAUGGUUUUAUGAGAAAGAUAGAAAAUUGGAGUUCUUUUUGUUUGUUUCCUUCACAUUUUGUAAACCGGUUUUCUGGUGUUCAUUUUUAUAGAAUCAAAUGGAUCUAUUCGUCUGUUA